CUUCUCCUUCCUCGUUCGACCGCGGCUCGAGCGGAGGACGAUUCGAAGAGGAAGAAGCAAGAACGAAAGCCUCGUAGGCCUCUCUUAGGUGUGAAGCGAGGUCGCGUCGCUAUGGGAUCCGUGAAGGAAUGGGGCAACACGAGCCUCGAGGAGGCGGACGACGAGAUUUUCUACCUGGUAGAGCAGGAGAAAAUGCGCCAGUACAAGGGCAUUGAGCUCAUUGCGUCCGAGAAUUUCACCUCGCAAGCUGUGAUCGAAGCUCUGGGUAGCGCCCUGACCAACAAGUACUCCGAGGGUCUCCCCGGCGCUCGUUAUUAUGGAGGUAAUGAGUUCGUGGACCAGAUCGAGAACCUGUGCAGAGCGCGAGCCUUGACGGCGUUCCACUGCGAUCCUGCGAAAUGGGGUGUCAACGUCCAGCCUUACUCUGGAAGCCCUGCCAAUUUUGCAGUGUACACCGCUCUGUUGAAUCCCCAUGAUCGCAUUAUGGGCUUGGAUCUGCCCUCAGGUGGUCACUUGACCCACGGUUACUACACAGCCCAUGGAAAGAAGAUCUCCGCCACAUCUAUUUACUUUGAAAGUCUCCCUUACAAGGUCGACUUUGCCACUGGCUACAUCGACUACGCAAGGUUGGAGGAGAAGGCUCUGGACUACAGACCGAAAUUGAUCAUUUCUGGAGGCAGUGCCUAUCCUCGUGAUUGGGACUACGCCCGGCUUCGCACCAUUGCUGACAAAUGUGGCGCCAUGCUCAUGUGCGACAUGGCCCAUUUCAGCGGUCUCGUGGCUGCUCAGGAGGUUAACAACCCGUUCGAGUACUGCGACGUGGUGACCACCACCACCCACAAGAGUUUGAGAGGUCCUCGAGCGGGUAUGAUUUUCUACAGAAAGGGACCCAAGCCCGCCAAGAAAGGACAGAUCGGAGAAGUGAACUAUGAUUAUGAGGACAAGAUCAACUUUGCAGUCUUCCCUUCAUUGCAGGGUGGACCUCACAACCAUCAAAUUGCUGCUCUUGCCGUGGCUUUGAAGCAGGCUAACACUCCCAUGUUCAAGGAGUACGCCAAGCAAGUAAAGGCGAAUGCCGCCGCCAUCGGUGCUGCUUUGAUGAAGAAGGGCUACAAGAUGGUGACUGAUGGAACCGAUAAUCAUUUAGUGCUUUGGGAUUUGAGACCACUUGGACUCACUGGAAACAAAGUUGAAAGAGUUUGCGAGUUGGCUCACAUUACUUUGAACAAGAAUGCUGUUUUUGGUGAUAGCAGUGCUCUCGCACCUGGUGGAGUUAGAAUUGGUGCACCCGCUAUGACUUCAAGGGGUCUGAAGGAGAAGGAUUUCGAGCAGAUAGCUGAUUUUUUGGAACAGGCAGUGAACAUUACGCUCUCUGUACAGAAAGAGUAUGGAAAGCUGCUAAAAGACUUCAACAAGGGCUUGGUGGACAACAAAGAGAUUGCUGCAUUGAAGGAAGCUGUCGAGAAGUUUGCUGCGUCGUACGAUAUGCCUGGAUUCGAUGUAAACGCAAUCAAGAUGCCUGUAAGCGCCUGAUUGUCAACCAAUGAUACAGAAAUUUUCUCUAGGAAGUCAAUUCUCGUCUAGAAAAGUUUCUUAGGCAAUCAUCUUUCAUUCUUUCAUCUAAUUAUAAAAGCACUUUUACAGAAGUUCUCUUGUCAGACUCGGCAGUGCAUGUCCUUUGUUCGUCUUGUCGGGUGUGUUCAUGGGCAACCCAGGAUGUCAAGUUGUCUUAUAAUUUACUGCUCCAUCUGGUUACUCACUCUGGCCGUCUGGCCUUCGAUUGCGUGACCUGAAAAUGCAAUGAAUGAAACAGAAUGCAGAGAAAUGCUCUAAGGCACAGAAUGAUGAAUGACGCCAAAUUUUUCGUUUUAGAAAUGAAAAAUCUGAAAAAUAGAUGGAAAUCUCUGUAAAGAUGAACCAGAAUCUGAAAAAUCUCGGGUGGUGGAGACCAAGCUACCGUGGUCUGAAUGAGAAAACUUAGUAGUAGAUCUGCUGAAAGGAUGGCGGGCUCCGUCGGCUUUUGAGUAUGGUCUUUCAAGAGGUGUGGCUCUGAUUGCAUGCUCGAUUUGUUACCGGGUGACCGAGAAGUUGAUGUGCAGAGCAGUGUGAACUUACCUUCUGUCUAUGACUAGAUACCAAGCUAUGUAGUUUGCGAUACCACAAUCAUCCACACAAUUAAGAAACGUCUGCACAUCAUCACUUUUCCAUAGAUCAGAGUUCUAUGUUCCUGCAUGUUCAAACAUGUACAGUUCUUGUUACAUGCUUGCACAGUAUAAUGCAUAUACAUCUAGUCAGACUACCUCAUACAUAUUCUAUAUGUAUGUAAACCCCCUAAUAUGGGACGCCUUUAACGAAGGAUGGGCAGAACUCAUCAACUGUAUAAAGAACCAAACAAAGGGAAUACCAGAG